AUGUGGAGGUCUUCAAUAUUCCUUUUUGUGGUUUUCUCAAUUAAUUUUUGUUUUUCACAAAAAGAACCGGUUGGACAAAAUUUAAUACUUUUUUUAGUUGAUGGUCUAGGAGCUAAUUUGUUUAAUAAUACUGAUUCUAGAAUGAAAUUUGGGGCAAAAACGCUUAUUGAGAAUGGGGUAGAAGCAGAUUAUCUUAUCCCUGUUUUUCCAACUCAAUCAUAUCCAAAUUGGUUUAGUUUAGCAACUGGUAUGUUUUUAAUUUUGUUAUAA